GUCCUUUGUGUCUUCUCAGGUUCCCUCUCAUGGUCGGGAUAUCAGGAAGGCUAUGAUGGGAACAAACGAAGGAGCUUGGAGGCUCCGUUUGAUUGACUUUUUCUGCCUAGAAGAUCUUCCCUUGGAAGCAGGAGUGCGGUCUCAUGUGAUGCUUGACUUCCAAAGGCAGGGCACGUUCUAGAAGGAAAUGGAUGAAGUCAGUUCACAGGGCUUCAGAGGCACUGUGGUCUAACCAGGAAAGCCCUUGUGUGGGGCCGUCCUGGUGCCCUGUGAUGUUGCACACACUGGAUGCACGGCCCACACCUGAGUGAGGAUGGUCCGCCGCGGGCUGCUGACGUGGAUUUCUCGAGUAGUGAUUCUGCUGGUGCUGCUUUGCUGUGCCAUCUCCGUCCUGUACAUGUUAGCCUGCACCCCAAAAGGCGACCAGGAGCAGCUGGGACUACCACGGGCCAACGGCCCCACUGGUAAAGAUGGCUACCAAGCGGUGCUGCAGGAGCGUGAGGAACAGCAUCGUAACUAUGUGAAUAGCCUUAAGCGACAGAUUGCGCAGCUCAAGGAUGAACUGCAGGCACGCAGUGAGCAGCUCCGCAGUGGGCAGGACCAAGCCAGCGAUGCCACCGGCCUGCGCUCGGGCUGGGACCUUGAGCCCAAAGCCCAGGCCGAUCUGCUGGCCUUUCUGCGUGGGCAGGUGGACAAGGCCGAGGUGCACGCAGGUGUCAAGCUGGCCACCGAGUAUGCUGCCGUGCCUUUCGACAGCUUCACUCUGCAGAAGGUAUACCAGCUGGAGACCGGCCUGACCCGCCACCCUGAGGAGAAGCCUGUGAGGAAGGACAAGCGAGAUGAGUUGGUGGAAGCGAUAGAAUCGGCCCUGGAGAGUCUGAACAGCCCUGGCGAGAGCAGCCCACACCAGCGUCCUUACACGGCGGCAGACUUCAUAGAAGGGAUUUACCGAACAGAAAGGGAUAAAGGCACCUUGUAUGAGCUCACGUUCAAAGGGGACCACAAACAUGAAUUCCAACGACUUGUCCUAUUUCGACCCUUUGGCCCCAUCAUGAAGGUGAAAAAGGAAAAACUCAACAUGGCCGACACCCUUAUCAACAUUAUCGUGCCCCUAGCGAGGAGGGUGGACAAGUUCCGGCACUUCAUGCAGAACUUCAGGGAGAUGUGUAUCCAACAGGAUGGGAGAGUUCAUCUAACCGUUGUUUACUUUGGGAAAGAAGAAAUGAACGAAGUCAAAGGAAUACUUGAAAACACUUCCAAAGCUGCCAAUUUCAGGAACUUCACCUUCAUCCAGCUGAAUGGAGAAUUCUCCCGGGGAAAGGGACUGGAUGUCGGAGCCCGCUUCUGGAAGGGAAGCAACGUCCUGCUCUUUUUCUGCGACGUGGACAUCUACUUCACAUCUGAGUUCCUCAAUACGUGUAGGCUGAACACUCAGCCAGGGAAGAAGGUAUUUUAUCCGGUUCUUUUCAGUCAGUAUAACCCUGGCAUAAUCUACGGCCAUCACGACGCAGUCCCACCCCUAGAACAGCAGCUGGUUAUAAAGAAGGAAACAGGAUUUUGGAGAGACUUUGGAUUUGGGAUGACCUGUCAGUACAGGUCAGACUUUAUCAACAUAGGUGGAUUUGACCUGGACAUCAAAGGCUGGGGCGGUGAAGAUGUGCACCUGUACCGGAAAUAUCUCCACAGUAACCUCAUAGUGGUGCGCACGCCUGUGCGGGGACUUUUCCACCUUUGGCACGAGAAACACUGUAUGGAUGAACUGACUCCCGAGCAGUACAAGAUGUGCAUGCAAUCCAAGGCCAUGAAUGAGGCAUCCCACGGGCAGCUGGGGAUGCUCGUCUUCCGGCACGAAAUAGAGGCUCACCUUCGCAAACAGAAGCAGAGAGCAAGCAGUAAAAAGACAUGAUCUCCCAGGAACAGAUUAAUGGAGACAUUUCAAUUGUUUGCCUUUGGCAGUCACUGAACAAGUAGUUCCAACAAGGUAUAGACUUCCACAAAGGGCAACAAAGAACCUGACUGAUGAGGAGAAGAGAGGAAAGGAGGGAGUCCCUGGUUUCUGUUGGCUCUGUGUGUGGUGACUCCGUGUUUACAGCAAGAUGAACUCUCUUGUCCCUGCUUGCUGAGAUAGUCACAACACCGGACCAGUUUUGUAAAGAGUGCUAGAAUGAGAUGCAAGCACCAGCUUCUCUUCUUGGGGUUGGCUACUUUAGAGGGCUUUGGUACCCAGGACUACCAACGUCUCAGAGCAGGCAGAGGACCUGUAUGAAAUGUGACCAUCUGACAUUAGCGUCCUCUAGGAGACAGAGAGCAAAAUCAAACAGACCCGGAAGCAAAUCAUCAACACCGUCAUUCCCACCAGUAUUAACCAAAAAAGUAACACUUUUUCAGUUAUCUUUUAGUCAUCUCUGUUCUAAAAAUGCACUUUUUUCCCCCUUGGGAGUAUUAUGCUUAUUUAAU